AUGUCCGACGAGGAGCGCCCAGAGAGCAAGCAGGAGGUGCUUGAGAUCCGCACCAUUGUCGCCAGACCCAUGGCCCGCGAUGAAAGUGACGCGGUCUCGACACAUGGAAGCAUCCAGGAAGGCGUACGCGGGAUCGAAGCCAUCUCCUUGUCCUGGACUGGCAAUGCUCUCGCGAUUGCCUACAUCGGCAUCAUGCUCAUGGCAUUCACCACAUCCCUCGAGGGCCAGGUCACCCUCCCGCUGCUCGUUUACGUGACCAGCUCGUUCCGCCAGCAUUCCCUCGUCUCGACUGUUUCCGUCGUCCAAGGCGUCAUCAACGCCGUGGUAAAACCCCCCAUGGCCAAGAUCGCAGACGUCUUUGGCCGCCUCGAAGCCUUCACCUUGAGCGUCUUUCUCUUCGUGCUCGGCUACAUCCAGAUGUCCGCCUCCACCAAUGUCCAGACCUUCGCCUCGGCUCAGAUCUUCUAUUCUGCUGGUUCUACGGGCAUGCUCAUCCUGCAGCAGAUUUUCAUCGCCGACACGAGUGACCUGUCCAAUAGAGCCCUGUUCUCGACGCUGCCAGACAUUCCGUACCUGUUCACUACGUGGAUGGGACCACCGAUCGCGAAGAGCAUCUAUGAGUCGUCGGGUGAUUGGCGCUGGGGGUACGCCAUGUGGACCAUCAUCCUCCCCGUCGCCUUCCUGCCCCUCGCCCUACUCCUAUUCCUCAAUGGACGGAGAGCCCGGGCCCUGAACCUCGCGCCCCAAGGCUCGCCCACCCUCAGAGGCGGCUUCUUCACCAUAUUGGGAAACAUCUGGCGGGACCUCGACGUAGGCAGCAUCAUCCUCCUCAGCGGGGGGUUCACCCUCAUCCUCGUCCCCUGCACCAUAUCCAGCACCGUCCCCGACGGCUGGGAGAACGGGGGCAUCGUCGCCAUGGUUACCCUUGGCGUCCUCUUGCUUGUGCUUUUCCCGCUAUGGGAGGUGAGCACCCAGCUGGGCCGCCAAUUGGGGGUAAAAGGAGCCCUGGGGAGCGUGCUGGCCAACAUGUCGCCGUAUCCGCUGGUUCCGCUGCAUCUCCUCAAGUCGAGGACCUUUAGCGCGGGCUCCAUGCUCGCCGUCUUCUACUUUAUGGCUUUCUACCUCUCCGUUCAGCCCUACUAUUACUCCUACCUCCUCGUCGUGCGCAACCUCGACAUCCAGCCCGCCUCAUACAUCCUCAACAUCUUUUACCAGUCUUCCACCGUCGCCUCUAUCGUCAUCUCCCUCCUCAUCAAGCUCACCAACCACUACAAGUGGUUCGUCGUCGCCGGCUCGUGCAUGUACUUGACGGGCAUGGGACUCAUGAUGCACUUCCGCACCCAGGACGCGUCCCUGUCCGCCAUCGUCUUCACCCAAAUAUUGGUGGGUGCCGGCGGCGGCUUCCUGAAUGUACCCGCGCAGGUGGGCGUGCAGGCGAGCGCGGGUCACCAGUACGUCGGUACCGCAACGGCUAUCUUCCUCACGCUGACGAGUCUCGGCGGCGCAAUCGGGUCGGCCAUCAGUGGUGCGCUUUGGGGCAGACUCGUGCCGGAGAAGCUGCGGCUCUAUCUCCCAGAGGGUGCCAAGGAUCAGGUAAGUGUCAUAUAUGGCAGCAUUGUCGAGGCGCAGGCGUAUGCAGUAGGCUCACCGGAGAGGGAUGCAAUCAAUCGGGCGUAUCAAGAGACCAUGACCACUUUGCUCACAAUCGCUCUUGUCAUCUGUGUACCAGUGCUCAUCUGCGGCUUGUUGAUGACGGACUACUCCUUGAACGAUAUGAAUCAAGGUGUCAAGGGUCGGGUUAUCGGUGGUGAGGUCGACAGGAGCGAGCAAAAAAGGGGUGAUCGCCGGUCAUAUGCGAAGAAGGUAGUAGACUCGUUUAAAGGUCGAAGUUCAUAG